AUGCCAAAAUUUCUGUCUCAGAAUACGACAACGCUAUUAUCUAUCUAUAAUCCAUGGUCAGAGAGAAAAAACGCUGCUAUUCCUAUGAGUAAGGCAUCGACCUGCUCUAAAAGUUUGAAAGACGAGAGUUGCUACUUUUUGACAAACAAAGUGUUAUAACUCGAAUUAUUUCAAUCUUCAUAAAUCGUCGAAUGGAAAUAACGCCAUCCAAUCCGAUAGUGCUAAAUUUCGAACAUAUAUUGGAUGAGAACUUAUUUCCACGUUCAUACAUAUUACGAAAAACAUGCGUUGCAUGGGACCAAAGAACAGGUACUUGGACAAGACGAGGUUGUACGACAAGAUCAAGCAAUCUCACGCACACCACGUGCGAAUGCCAGGUCACUGGUAUAUUUGCUGUGCUAGGUGAAGAAGAGAGAACAGAAAAAGUUCUGAAUAUCAAAGCCAAUGUUUACUUCGGCCUUUCUGUCUUCGUGAUUCUCAUCUGUUCAACUAUUUACUCUUUGGCUACCCAAGAGAAAAAAACGACCGGUGAAUUGUUUCAUCUGUUUGAGGCCAUUAUUUGCUGUAUCCUCGUGGCAAUCUUUUUGAUCGGUGCUCACGUUUCAGCAGAGAAGGAGUUAUGUGGAUUUCUUGCAUUUUUCUUAUAUUACUUGCUGCUAUCUCAGUUUACAUGGAUGCUACUUACUGUUUUCUGGAUACAAAAUUUGCUGAAGAAAUUUCUUCUUAAAACGAUUCGAAUCAAAAUUGUCUACUUCCUGAUAGGAUGGGGAGGUCCAUUGCUAAUUGCGGGUAUCGCUGGGAGAGUUGAUGUUGACAAGAAAGGCUAUGAAAACAACGUUUGCUGGUCUUCAACGGCAGACAUUGGGUCUGUCUGGAGUUACGGAGCUCCGGUAUUUGUAAUUUUUCUUGUAAAUGCCAUAAUUUUAUUCAGUCUUCUACUUCCAAUAUGCAAAGACCAGUUUCACCAUAACAAGCUGAGGCCAAGAAUUGCUAAAGAAAUCCUGAUCAUGACCUCAUCCAUCUCCACAUGGUGUUUUGGUGUAAAAUUUGUAAUGGAUAAUUCCUUUCACUCUCAGUACUUUUUCUGCACCGUUCUCAUUAUACAGGGAGCUGUUACUAUGAAUGUGAGUCAUGAGCCAACCGAGUUCUUCAAAAGGGAAACACCAAAACGAGAAGAUGUCAAGGAAGAACAAGAUGAAGAAACAGAAGAAGAUAUGAGCGUCAAAGUGACAGAAAAAACAGACGCAGAAAUAACCGAAAAAACAGACGUAGAAAAUGAACAGCCCCGUAUGAUGGUAAAGACGUUAAGAAACUUAAAAAUCUACAAAGAAAACGGAGUUUUUGUUAUCGAAGCUUAAACAUUACAAAUCAUCCAAUCAAACAAUAAUAACUGCGACAAAAAUGUUUCACAAGCGUCCAUUCUUCACGUCAACCGAACUGGUACAGUAGCCAAUUUUUACCCAGACAGAUUAUUGAUGAAAGAUUAUAGUGGUAUAACUAGGAAUUUAGCUGUCAACAACAGACGUUGCACUGAAGUAAAUCAAGAAAUUAAUCUACACAAAUAGCUAGCUACAUUGCCACAUAGCUACCGAAAAUAUUUAAACAAAGGGACGUCGGAAGAUCGAUAGUCACAAUAGUGGAGGAGGAGGGUUUUUCAUGCACAUGUAUUUUUUUGAAACAAUUGUUUUCCUACAGAUUAUGACAUUCAAACAUUAAUACACCAAUCCCUCUAUGCUACGUCCAUGUUUAAAGAGAUGAACACAUAGAAAGCAUUUUUUACAGACAUCUUAGCUGCACGUGACAAUUAGUUUCCAGUCCUCCGGAAGCACGUAUGGUAGCACAAAUAAAACAAAUGAACGGAGACAGGAUAAAGUCAUUUUAAAUUUAAUUUUUAAUCUUAAAUUCGUAUUCGUUUUCUUGUGUAUGUAUUGUGUUUAUUUACUUAUGCACUGCCAACACGUUGUGUUGUUGAUUUUUGUUACUGUCAACCAUUCAUUUUAUUCCAAAGCCAUCAUCAGAGAAUAUAUAUAUAAUAUAUUAAUAUAUUCUAUAUAUCAACCAUUCAUGAAGCAGAGCUAUAGAAGCCGAAAGUUACCACUUUGGUAAGAGCACCGAAAAAUGCUGAUGUCCGCGGUUUUAUAGCUGCCGGUCUUUUACUAUUGCAAAACGAAAGCCCGACUUACAUAAAGAAGUUCUUAUAAGAAAUAAUUUACACUAGCUAAAUAGUAGAUUUGAAUGUGGAUUUGUAUAAUUAAGACGACAAAAAAAUAUGAACAUAUGGUGUAUCAUUGUAGCAGUUAAACCAAGCUAAUAAAAAGGGUGGUAUGACUCGUGAAAUGAUAAUAAUGCCACCUUCGAAAACGAGCGUUAUUUCUGUACUUUAUGUACCACAUAGGAAAUGAACGAUUUUUGAGUUAACGUCACACGGCUUCGUUAACUUACAUACGUAAGUGCUAUGGUUCGCGGGAACCAUAGAUUUUUGUAGAAGUCAUUAAAGUAUUUUUAUGUAUGAUGGUGGAAAACAUUUUAAGUCAAGACAUGUCAAAACAAUCUAAACGAUAUAUUAAAUAAAUAAACGGACAAAAUCGCCUACGGA